AUGGCCACAACAAAAACUGCCAAGGGCAAGGCUGCCCAAUCAAAAGACAACAAGGCUAAGGCCGCGAAGAAGGCCGCCCUCCAGGGUGCCCACUCCACCUCGUCGCGCAAGACCCGGACGUCUGUCUCUUUCCACCGACCGAAGACUCUGCGAUUGGCCAGGGACCCCAAGUACCCCCGCAAAUCGAUUCCUCACGCCCCAAGAAUGGACCAAUUCAGAACUAUUGUAUCGCCUUUGAACACAGAAUCGGCAAUGAAGAAGAUUGAGGAACAUAACACUUUGGUCUUCAUCACUGAUAUCAAGGCGAACAAGAGACAGAUCAAAGACGCUGUCAAGAAGCUGUAUGAUGUCCAGGCCGCGAAAGUGAACACCCUCAUCCGACCCGAUGGCAAGAAGAAGGCCUACGUACGACUGACAUCUGACUACGAUGCUCUGGAUGUCGCUAACAAGGUACGUUUUCUGACGCAACUUAUCACGAACUCCCUCGAGGACUCACCUGAUAUAUUGUGA